UACAAUAAUCACUAUAUAUGUAUACAGAUAUGUGGAGAUAAUUCAGCUUGUUAUUUAUUUACUUUUAAAAUGCAAUAGUUUUUCAGCUUCGUACGCUACUACUUAGGUGGCACCGAGGAAACAGUUUUCAACUUUAUAUAUCAGCGAUGUCAGAAAAUGAGAUGGCAGCUGUACUGAAAACCAUUUCUGAGUAAAAUCCUGCCGAAACUCUAUCACAUUGGCUGAGAACACUGUCAUACAUCAUGCAUGUUACAAGGCCUAAAUCUUCCAAAGGGCGCUGCAGGCCAGCUGUGAGUCAUGCCUAUAGUGUGGGAGGGGUCUCAUACCACAAUGUGCCUGGUCUUCCACGAACCUCCUCCUUGGCACAUGAAAAAGCAAGCAGCUCCGUACACCUUCUGUCCCACUCUCACUCUCUCCUGAAGCAGACCAGUGUGGUGAGUGUUGAUGAAGUCACUGAGCUGCUGCAGAACACCCCCACCCCGCCUGCACUGACCCUCAACAGAUACAGAGUGCUGCCAUCCAUUGAGAAGAGACAUACCUCUGGAGACAUGCCUUUCCAGGGAAUGGAGGAGAAGGCCUCCAGGCUAAGCCGAUCCGACCACCUCUUCAAGAAGGGCCGUCACCACCACUGGCAGCAGGCCAUUCCCCCUUCCCGUAGUCACCCAGAGAUUUCUAACUCUUCUGAAGCACAGUGUGGUGUAGUCACAGAGCCCUCAGACUUGGCUGCAUUGCCUCUGGAGACUCCUGAUGGGAUCUACGGGGGCUUACUGCUGGCUAUCCGAUCUCCAAGUGGGAGGAGGUUCCAACAACAUUUUCAUUCCUCAGAAACAUUGCAAACAGUUCUAGCUGCUGCAGAAGCUAGAUAUGGCACAAAAUAUGAGGACAGCAUCAUUGAGACCAUGGAUGUGCCCCGGAUGAGCUUCACUGAUCUCACACAGACUUUAGCCGAAAGUGGCAUCCGGAACAGGUCCGUUGUCUGCAUCACUCAAGAGUACAGCUCCACAGAUAGCUUAUAAAGUCAAGAAAAUAUCACAUUAAACGUUAUAUGUAGAAAGCCUAUUAAAUGUCUUAUGAAGAACAACUUA